AUGCUUUUGGUUUAUGUUGAUGAUCUCAUCAUCACAGAGAAUGAUGAUGUACAGGCACAGACUUAAGUCAUAAUUUGGCUUCAAUAUUUGAUGUCAAGACAUUGGGACGCCUAAGAUACCUUCUAAGCAUCGAAGUGGCUCACUCUAGUUCAAGAAUUUUUAAUUCUCAAAGAAAAUACAUAACAGAUCUGUUGGCUGAAAUAGGAAAGUCUGCAUGUAAACCAACUACUACCCCAAUUGAUCCGAAUCAUAAACUAUGUUUGGCGGAGGGAGGAGUCCAUGUUAGUCGUGAGAUGUGUCAACGGCUUAUUGGCUGUUUACUCUAUCUCACACAUAAUCGACCAGAUAUCUCAUAUGUGGUGAGUCAAUUUAUACAUCAGCCAAAAGAGACUCAUUUAUAUGCAGCACAUAGAGCGUUACAUUACUUAAGGGGCACACCUGACAAACGAAUCCUCUUCAAACGCAGUGGGAAAGUAAAUGUCGAAAUGUUUACAAAUGCUGAUUAUGCAGAGUCAAUAGCUGACCAGAAAUCAAAACAUCUGGUUAUCUCACAUUUAUUGGUGAGAAUCUAAUUACUUGGAGAAGUUAAAAACACACCAUGGUAGCCCGUUUAAGUGCUGAGGCAGAACUCAGAGCACUUGCCCAAAGGUUUUGUGAACUUCUCUGGAUGAAAAAUUUACUUGAUGAAUUGCAUAUUCUUUUAUCGGAUCAUAUGAAGAUUUACUAUGAUAAUAAGUCAGCAAUCAGCAUGGUACAUAAUGCAAUACAACAUGAUUGUACCAAACAUGUAGAGAUUGAUCGGCAUUUUAUUAAAGAAAAACUUGAGACAAAUGUGAUUUGUAUACCAUAUAUUUCAACUAAAGAUCAGUUAGCAGAUAUGCUCACCAAAGGUGUUUCAGGCACACAACUACAAGAAAUUCUUCCCAAGCUAAAAAUGGAUGAUAUCCAUUCACCAGCUUGA